GCGUCUUUCCGGUUUCUUGCUUAUUUCAUCCAUGCUCCUGAGACGGUGAAUUUUCUCUCCACACAUUCGGCGGAUUGAAGAUCCGGUAAAUACAGAAGCGAUAAUGUUCAAACUGGAAGGACUUGGACCUAAAAUGGACCCGGAGGAGAUGAAGAAGAAGAUGCGUCAGGACGUCAUGUCGUCUUUGAGGAACUUUCUUCUUUACGUCGCUCUCCUCAGAGCCACUCCUUAUGUGCUAAAGAAGCUGGACAGCAUAUGAAUGGACCUGCUGACCUCUUCUCUCCUCCACCCACUACGAGUUUCCUGUGUCGGAGACGGAGCACAGACCAUCAUCAUCUUCAUCAUGAGCAGACCACAGGGGCCAGGCCAUCAUCUUCCCCCCCGUGUGAGACGACCAGUGUCAGUCCAUCAUGUGACCGAAAACCAACCUGUUCUCGUUUCUAGUCGUGUUGUAAACAUUAGUCUAUUUUUUUGUGUGUUUUUUGUUAAAUAAAUUGUGAUCAUUGUUAAAUGCAGUGUGGGACAAUGUGCAGGGUUGCUGCAUCUUGCAAUAAAGACAAAUAAUGUUGAAAUGGU